CGCGAAAGUAUUGCAAACAAAACAUGGCUGAAAAAUUAAGCCAGGCCUCUGUAAAGAGAGAGAGGACUGCCUUUCAGCGCAGACCUAGCAUGUUUGAAAAGGCUGCUUUUUCUCAUGUUCUGAAGGAAAGACUUAAAGAAGGUAACCAUGAAGUUAUACAUACGAGGCAACCUAAUAUUGAUGAAGAUGGCAAUGAAAUUGCACUGGACAGUAAAGAUGUUGUAAUGAUAAGACCCACUUUUGGAAAAGUUAAAUAUGCAAAUACCUAUAAAAUGGAAGCAGACAGGAAGUUUCAAGUGCAUUUAGUAAAAAGAAAGGCUUAUCAGAUACUAAAGGAUAAUCUUGAAAAUAUACAAUAUGAUCCUGACCUCUCUGCACGUCUAUGUGUUUCUUUAGCUGAUGCAAUCAUGGCAGCUGUAAAGGAUAUCGGAUUUGAUCGUUACAAGUACAUAGUGAGAGUCUUCAUUGUGGAAAAGAAAAAUCAGGGAACAAAAAUUGUCAGCAGAUUUAUUUGGGAUGACCAGAGAGACAACUGGGUUGGAGUUUCAUUUGAACGACAUUCCUUUAUUUCAACUGCAAUAAUAUAUGCUCUGUAUUUUGAAUAAGCAUUAGACUCUGUUUUUACUGUUAUUAAUUAUCUGCAGACUACUUUCAUAUAAUAAGCUGCCAACGCUGCCUUUGCUGCUGAAGCAAUAAAUAUAUAUCUGUAUUUUGUGUAGAUGUAUGUAUUGAGCUAUGGAGCAGAACCCUAUUAAGUUUUUUGAAAAUGAAUAAACACCCAGAUGAAAUGCCA